ACUAAGCCUUCUCUUACGUUAAUGUGCUGUAUACUCCUUUGUGGUCAUAUGAUCAGUUUGUGAAUUGGUAUCGAAUUUAAGGGAGUGUCUUAAUUUUAUGGCAAUAUCUUUCAGAAUAAAAAUGUUCAAAUUAUUUUUGUGUUUUGUAGCUGCAUUAGUUGCAGUUAAAGCAAGUGGAGAUUUUGUAGUUUUACACAGUCCAAAUAGUGUUAUGUUCAAUGGGAAUGAAGAAGUGGAACAAAGCUUGCUUAAAGAAGUAUUAGCGGCUGCUCUAGGGUUCACUGUCAAACUGAGAGGAAUAUGGAGCGGUAUUUCUAUCACUGAUCCAUUUAGACUUCCAGAAGCUGUUGUUGCAGUAGCGAUAGAAGGAGUAGAUUCUUUGGACAUACCAAAAGGAAAAAGAUUUCCUUUAAAUGUGAAUGAAGUUGAAGAAACAACAUGGCAGGCUCUUAGAGAACGUCUUGAAGAGAGAGACAAUGAUAAUACCUUAGUGAGGAUAUCUUUAGGUGAUGGUUUGGAUGCUCUAGGACAAUCUGCUCUUGGAGAAUUAAAACCCACCCCCAUCGAUGAAACAUCUUUAAGAGCUUUAAGCCUAGGAAAAGAAGAGGACAAAAAGUUCCUUGAAGAAGUACAAUUACUCCAUGCUAUUGCUAACAAAGCACCUUCAGCGAUCAAACCAGAUUCAAAGCCUGAUAUUUAUUGGCUUGUCGUAUCUUCUUUGCGCCCGAUUUUAGAUACUUAUGGAAGUAAUUCAACUGCAUCUAGGGAAGCCCUGUCAUUGUUGAAUAAUGCUUUGAAUGUCAUUCACGAUGCAUUUAUUCAAGCUUAUGAUGGUCAGGUAUUGAUUGUGGCAUUCACAAAUGAUGCAACUAAGGUACAUCAUAUCCGUUCAGUAACUUUAGACAGGCAAAAACGGGAUGCUCCAGAUACGCAAGAUGAUCAACGAGGUGAAAAGAAAAAGAUAGAAGACGAAGAGGAUUCGAAUACAAGUAAUAAUAACACUAGCACAAACUACAGUGAUAUGAAUAAUUCUACUGCGAAUAGCGAUACUCGUGAUGAUAGUGGAAUCAGUGAGAAUCAGGAUAUGACUAAUAUGGAUAUAUAUUCCAACACACAAAAUAUAGGACAGGACGUAACGAUUCGCUCGCGCUCGAAAGACUACACGGAAAAUUAUCCCAUUAUCUUUAAUAUCCUCUUAUGGUUUGGAGUUGUUUUUGUCUUUUCACUGUUUGCUAUUUGCAUUGCCAUUUCGCAAAUGGAUCCAGGCCGAGAUUCUAUAAUAUACAGGAUGACUUCUAAUCGUAUGAAGAAGGAUAAUUAAAUGUAAAUACAAGCUAAAUACAUAAUAAUAAUGAAAAGAAUGUUCUGCAUAUAAUCUGUACUUAAUUUAUUGAUGAUUCGUACGAUAUGCAUCCAAAAUUUCACUUCGAAUCGAUGUGGUAUCAUUUUGUAUCCUAAAGAUGUAACGAAUCACUAUGAUAUACUCAUAUGUAAAAUGUGUAUUUGUAAACGGUCAAUCAUUAAUAUUAAUCGUUCAACUUAGUGUAAACAAUGUCUGGUAUUCUUUGUUGCAUAUUACAUUUAACCAAUAAACGAUUACGAAAUCACACCCGUAGAAUGAUAAUAAAAAUGUUCGAAGUAGAUGAAAUUUGUCAUAAACGAGUACAAAUAAUAGCAGAACAUGUAUGCAAAUGUGUAGUUAUAUAAAAUAAUGUUACGAAAGUUAAGUUGAGCUUUUUGUUACCUAAAGUAAUGAAUAAUUAUAAAACAGAUCAUACCAUAUUAUAUUAUGAUCUUAGAGAUUUAACAAAUUUUGAAAUUUGAGCUGUCUUUAAAUAUUAUGAAAAUUUGUAUCGAAAGAAUCAAUGAGUUAAUCUGUAAAUUUUUAUCUGACAAAUAUUAAAUCGAAUUAUGCGGUA